UGUUGCUAGACAACAUCGAAAUUUCACAAAACAAACAGAGCCAGCAGCAACAGCUUUAUCGAUACGUCGUCCCAGUCCUGACCCCCGCGUUCAGUUUAUCAGAGCAGCAAAAUGGACAGCCGAAUGUCCACGAACCGGAUGAGUGUAAACCGAGCCUCGGUUGCGGCGCGGCAGCGGCAGACCCGCACCGGCCGGAUGACCCGGCACACGAUCUUCACCAUGAAGCGCCCCAUCACCUUCCAGGUGCGCCGGUCGCUGGUUGAAUGCGUGGACAUGGAGCUGGCGGACAUGGAAACCUCGGUGUUUUACCAGCGCAUCUUCAUUCUGGCCAAGAACUGCCGCCUGACGCCUCCACAAUCGGAGGCGGGACCAGCGCCGCCGGUCCCUGAUGGUGGCGAUCCGGGGGAGGUGGGAGUGGGCGAGAUCUCCGCUCCGGGAGUGGAGUUCGGCGAGGACCCGGUAUUGAUUCCAAGCGACUCUCCAUCCAAGACAACGACCGCUUCGAAUUUGAAUCGCAGCUCCGUGGAGGUACCCGCGGAGGAGAAGGAUGCCACGGCCACAGAAAAAGAGGUGCUUACCCACUCAUUCCGCUUUGGCGAUGACGAGGAAGUGGUUGAGGCCGAGGAAGCCGUCGAGGAGGAGGAAGAACCGCCCACUGAAGCGCCUUCGCCGGGGAAGCCAAAGGACUUCUUCGCUGUCUUCACCGAGCGGCUCCAGCAAAUCCACAAGCAGUGCAAAGCGACAGCCAUAACCCCGGAUCCCAUGUGUGGCGUCUACAUCUACAUGGGAGAGUACAGCUUGCUGAUGCUGGAGACCGCGGAGGACAUGAUGGGUUGUUUCUGCCGGGAACUGGCCAGCUGCUGCGAAGAUUUCUGGCAGGCGAACCGGGUGUUUCUCAUUGAGGAUCACAUACACGAACUGUACACAAAGGAUCUGAUAUUCCGUCGCAUUCCGGCCGUCUUCUUGAACGAAAAGUUUCCCACCUCAACGCCCACGGACGAGUAUUUGAUGGGCAAGCAGCACCUCAUCAUCAAGGAAAAGCUGCUCACCAUCUGCCGGCUCCUCUCAGAGGCUGAGCGGAUAGCCGACCCGUACAUGAGCUCCUCCGAUGAGGAUGACUUGCUCGCUCCCAAGUCCAAGACGUCCUUGCCGAGCGAUCAGUUGCCGGUCGAUGUUUACCGGAAACACCUUCCUGAGAUCCAGCGGAUCGAGCUGGUGCUGGCCUCCACCAGGUUCUACUAUGACCUCCUCGACUUCAACGGCCUCUACGGCCGCAUGCCAUUUGGACCCGACGAGGAGGGUCUCUACUGGCCCAUCCAGAACAACUACACGCCGGGCAACAUAUUCUGGCGCUCUCCCUACGACAUCAACCUCACGUUUGCAGACUACAGCUCGGUAACGGAACGGCGUGAUACUGCCACCAGUCUCCUGGAGGAAGGCGCGGCUGAGGUAGAGGCACCAGCCAAGGAAGAAUCGCCAGAGAAAGCGGACUAAAGG